CAGAAGGGCACGUUGUUGCUGCUGAGGCCACCUGGGUCUGUCCUUUAGCUGCAGCUUUUCACUCAGAAACCCUGCCUCCCAGAGACUCUUCGCAGCUCUUACCGGGUGCAGGCCUCUGGCUCUCGCUAGAGGAACGAGGGGGUCUUUGUAUGUUUUUCUAGUCCCUUCACACUUAUGAAAAGUGUGUCUAUGUGAGUGUGGGGAGUGUGUGGUGGGGAGUGUUUCCAAGAGAGGACAGGAGAGAAGGGGCGCUUGAGCAAGAGCUUCUGUGACCCCAGCUUCAGCGUCCCUCAGAGGACGGCCUCUCUACGCAGGCUGAUCUCUUCCAGUGCACGGCCCUGAGAUGAAGUCCCUCUGGAAUAUCCUUUUGGCGACUACUCUGUCCUUACUCCUGCCCCUUCACACAUUGGCCUCCCAAGCCUCUGACAGCCAGCCCAGCACUGGACACUCCAAGGGCCACACUUGUGUAGCCUGCGUGGUGGUAGUUUCCGUGAUUGAACAGCUUGCUCAAGUUCACAACUCCACGGUGGAGGCCUCGAUGGAGAGACUCUGCAGCUACCUGCCAGAAAAACUGUUCUUGAAGAUGACCUGCUAUUUAGUGAUAAGAAUGUUUGGACCGGACCUCAUAAAACUGCUUAGCGCAGAUAUGAAUGCUGAUGUGGUGUGUCAUACCCUGGAGUUUUGUAAGCAGGACCCCGGCCAACCAUUGUGUCAUCUCUAUCCGCUUCCCAAGGAGCCGUGGAAAUUUACGUUAGAGAAGGCAAGACAGAUUGUGAAGAAAUCCCCUAUUCUGAAACAUUCCAGAAGUAGUUCUGAUAUUUGUUCCCUCCCAUUUUUGGCCAAGAUCUGUCAGAGGAUUAAAUCAACGAUACAAAAUUCUGUGCCAUUCAAAGAUGUAGAUUCAGACAAACACAGCGUUUUCCCAACGCUGAGGGGCUACCACUGGCGAGGGAGAGACUGCAAUGACAGCAACAGGAUGGCAUACCCGGGCAGAAGGCCAGACAACUGGGAUAUGCACGAGGAUUCAAACUGUAAUGGCAUUUGGGGUGUUGAUCCAAAAGAUGGAAUUCCAUAUGAGAAGAAGUUCUGUGAAGGUUCACAGCCCAGGGGAAUCAUUCUGCUGGGAGACUCAGCUGGGGCUCAUUUUCACAUCUCUCCCGAAUGGAUCACAGCUUCACAGAUGUCUUUGAAAUCCUUCAUCGAUUUACCAGUAGCUCUUACCAAUGAGCUCGACUGGCCCCAACUCUCUGGUGUUACUGGGUUUCUGGACUCCAUUAGUGGAAUUAAAGAAAACUCUGUUUACCUUCGAUUACGGAAAAGAAACCACUGCAAUCACAGAGACUACCAGAAUAUUUCAAGAAAUGGUGGAUCUUCCCAAAACUUGGAGAAAUUUCUAGAGACUUUGUCUAGGAACCAACUGUUGGACCAUCCAGCCAUCGUCAUAUAUGCCAUGAUUGGAAAUGAUGUCUGCAAUGGGAAAGUUGACCCCGUCCCAGAAAUGACCACUCCUGAGAAACUAUACUCCAGUAUCAAGCAGACUCUGAAGUAUCUAAAUUCCCACCUGCCAAAUGGCAGCCAUGUUAUUUUAUACGGCUUACCAGAUGGAACAUUUCUCUGGGAUAAUUUGCACAACAGAUAUUAUCCUCUCGGCCAGCUCAAUAAGGAUGUGACCUAUGCACAUUUCUACUCCUUCCUGAACUGUCUCCAGGUCAGCCCCUGCCACAGCUGGAUGUCCUCCAACAAGACGCUCCGAAUUCUCACUUCAGAGAGAGCAAAACAACUCUCCAAUACACUGAAAAAAAUUGCAGCCAGCCAGAAAUUUACGAACUUCGAUCUUCUCUACGUGGAUUUUGACUUCCAAGAAGUCACAGAGGAGUGGCGGAAGCGAGGCGGGCAGCCCUGGCAGCUCAUUGAACCGGUCGAUGGAUUCCACCCCAAUGAGGUGGCUUCCCAGCUGUUGGCAGAUCGCUUCUGGAAGAAGGUGCAGCUCCAGUGGCCCCAGGUUCUGGGAAAGGAGAAUCCGUUCAACUCUCAGAUCGAACAGGUGUUUGGAGACCAAGGGGGCCACUGAGUGCCUCUAGGAGACCCACUCCUGGGAAGCUCAGGGAAGCAAGAACUUGGGUGAAAUCAUUCAACGGAUGGUUAUGGGGCUGCCAUUUUGCCGGCCCAUAGAACCCUCUUUCGCAGCAACUUUGCAAAGUGCUUUUCUCUCAUUUUGGAGUCAAUCUGAACGGCAGUGUGAUGCUGAGUGUUUCAGGGAGCAGUCCCCUCCAUUUGUCCCUCAAAUCACCUUUAAUAAAGUGUUGUAGCUGCCAUUCCAAGCAAGAGAGGGUAUCUCUGCCCUCUAAUAGCUAAUUGUUCUAAAUACAAAUUCAAAGUCCAGCGAUGCUCGGCAACUUAACCGGGGUCUUGGUGCCCCAGGGCUGAACCUCAGUCUGUUGCUGCUUCUCUGAGAUGGCCAGCAAGCUGGGGUAGCCCCUGGGAAGGCUGCUGGCUGGCUGCCAAGGACUCUCAGAAAGGAACACAAGACUGCAAACACAAAAUUUGGUACAAACUUGAAUGUUUAUCUAGAACAAGAAAAGAAAUCACAACAAAUGACAAAUUUUUUUUUUAAAUUUACAAAUAGCAUAAGCCCCACAAAAUCCAGAUGAUUUAAAAAAUGACAAUUUUUCUUUCUUUAAAAGGUUUUCUUACAUUCGUUGGCUGCAUAAUCUCAUCAUCUUUCCCUAUAACAAUGACUUGGUGAUAUCAUGGUCUACAGAAAGGACAGAAAAGCAAAAAUGCGUUGCUUUUUAUUGAUAAUUUAAAGGAGUUUCUUUCAGCUGCCGAACUCAUUGGUAAAGUCAGGUACAUUUUUAGGAUUGUUGUCAAAUUGGGAGCAUCUCUAUCAAAUUUCUGUUGAGUGAGAGCUGUUAGAGCUGUGCUCCCUAUUUGGAGUAUUGUUCAUGUUUUGUGUGCAAUAUAAGCCCAGGAAUUCUGGUAAAUUCUAUUGGACACCAUUCUCGUUGGUGUCUCACCUCCCUUGCCCACAUCUGAUGCAGCCAUGGAUUUUGGGGGUCAGAGGGUGUAGGUGUACACCCAGACCCGCAUCACACUGCCAGCACCCGACUUCACAUGGGCACGUCUUCCUACAUUCUGCCCUCAGGAGCUUGCUUGCCACAGCCCAGAGAUGUGGGACUGUUCUACUCCAGGGAUCCCAGAAGCCAGGGAAUAAAUGCACCAGCCACUUCCUUUCAUGGUCAGUUUGGGGAGGCGUUCAGUGUAUUCUCAGGGGCAGAAUCAGCCCCUUUGUUUUUGCAACAAUGUGGUCGAUGGUGCUUCCUUCUACUCUGUCACUCUUCUUGUCCCCUCAUUCCUGCUCUCGGGGAUGCUUCCCAAAUAAACCACCUGCACCUAAGUCUUUGUCUCAAUAGAGACAAAGUUAAAAUGAUGGUAUGUGCAGAAUUGUGUAUGCGUUAUUACUGAAUAU